UUAGGUUCCAGGCCCACAGCGGUGUCACUUCCUCCAACGGCGAAUUCCCAUGGCAGCGCCGUCCUCCGCCGCCGCGGCGCCGGCGCCGGCGCCGGUCUCCCCGGACGAGAGAUGGCCGCCGCUCGAGUCGAGCCCGGACGUAUUCAACCAGCUCAUGUGGUCGCUGGGCGUCCCGGAGGAUGUGGCGGAGUUCCACGACGUGUACAGCCUCGACGCCGACGCGCUGGAGAUGGUGCCCCGGCCUGUGCUCGCCGUCAUCUUCUGCUUCCCCGAUCCAACCCAGGAUGCAAGCAAUCCUUCGCAGCAUGUUUUAGUUACUGGAGAGAAGGAAACUUUGUUUUUCAUAAAACAGAUUGAAUCUUUAGGGAAUGCUUGUGGAACUAUUGCACUAAUUCAUGCUGUUGGAAAUGCAUAUCCAGAAAUCAGUUUAUUGAAGAAUUCUUCCCUGGACACGUUUGCCAAAUCAUCAUCUGGCAUGACUUCAUACGAGCGGGCUAUGUUUCUUGAGAAGGAUGAUGACAUGGCAAGAGCUCACUCAGUGGCUGCCAGUGCUGGUGACACAAAGUUAUCUGACGAUGUAGAAGAGCAUUAUAUAUGUUUUGUUGAAUGUGAUGGAACACUUUAUGAGCUUGAUGGAAUGAAGCCUGGGCCAAUAAAGCAUGGCUCAUCAUCUCCUGAAAGCUUACUGCAGGAUGCCGUGAAUAUCAUUAAGGCCACCAUGCACAACAUUCCCAACUCGGUGAAGUUCAAUGUAAUGGUGCUAUCAAGAAAAGCAGAGCAAUACGGAGCUAUUAUUCCAGAUAACUGAUUGAGGUCACGUGGAGACAAU